CAGAAAAUGGAUCAGUCAAAGCAUUGAUGGAAGACAGAACCUAUAAAUCUCUCCCACAUUUUGAACUUACUGAUUUGAAUUCUCUCAGCAGUGCUGUCCAGAAACAAGAAGAAACUCAGUUUCAGAACACAAGCACCAAGAGUUAUGAGCUUAAAUCAACCGAAGAACCUCAGAUGUUUCACAUUUUAGGGCUCAAUACAGCAAACUCAAAAUCAGAAUUCAGCAUCAUGACACAAGGCAGUGAUACCAUUGAACUGUUUUCACCUAUGUCCACAGCCCUGGAUGAAAAUGCGGUCAUUAUGGUCUACAAAACAAUGGACAACAACAUCCACCAAAUGGUGGCCAAAAAUGUCCAGACCAGCCAGGCUGAAAUGCAAAGUCUUCAGUCAGUUGGGAUGUACCAGACUUGCAGCUUUUCGGAUUCCUCCCAUGGUCAAAACCUGAUGGCCAACCAGCCUAUUCUUAACCAGCAGGACACAGACUCUGAUCUAUAUAUCAACAUUGUUCCCAGUGACAACACAGACUGCGGAAUGCCACAGCUUUUGUUCCAAAACUUUGUGUGCUCUGGUCCCAACCUUUCACAGCUGAUUGCCAUUUCAGCAGGCAGUUCUGCCUCAGGGAGCUCACCAGGGGUGUUCACGGUCAGUCAGGGUGGCCACGGGGCUGUCGAUGGAUCAUCUGAGGUGGUUGUGCAGAGACUGCUGGAUGUGAAGCAGAAACAAGAAGUGCAUGUGGAAAAGGAGAAAUGUAUCAUGAGGCCAAGGAAAGCUGCCAUGAGUACAAGUGCGGUGCAUGCAGUUGAAAAAAUUGUCUCGGAAGCAAGGGGCACCAACAGUGGCCAGAAAGGGAAAAUUUCAACCCCACCAGCAAGCACGGCAACUGAAGGUAACUUGAACCCAGACCAAUGAUUUUAUUAAAUUUAUCAUAUUCCUGAUUAUCAAGACUUUUUGGGACAGUCUGCUCAACAACAGAGAUUUAACCUAAUUAUUUAUCUAGCCUAGAGAGCUAUACUAAAUGAAAGGUGGUAAAAAUUGGUGAUAUUAUAGAAAAUUAGUAUACCAAAUUGGGAAAAUAAGAUGAACAAUAUUAAAUUAGCAAAAAAAAGCAAAAUAAUGUCUUUUAGUUGGUCCACUUAAACAAGGGCCCAUUCUUUGUCUUUUAGUCAAUCCACCUAAACAACUGCCCAGUCUUGGUAUUUCAGACCUGACCCCAGAGGCAUAUAAAGAUGAUGGGCCAGAUGGGAAGAAAAGCAAGUAUUUUAUAUGCAAGUUUGACAAAUGCAGGUAAACUGUCACAGCACCAUGUGUUGAUGAUUAUAGUUUUCCCAUAAGGUUAUUUUAGUUCUGAAUACAUCAAUAUAAAGAUCAGGUAUCUCAGCAUAUAAACACCCUGCACUGGUACAUUGAAACAAGCUUUUUAAAAAUAAAAUUGUUUCAACACUCUAAACUUGUACUUGUACACAUAUUUGGGGUGGGGAUGUGGAGGGGGGCUGGCGGAGCUUGUCAUUAGGUUUGGCCCCGGUUAGUGAGUUAUCUGCUGGUUAUUUUGUCAAGAUUUUACAAUUUUUUUUCCAAUUUUCAAUCAGAUACACAACAAUAUUCUACAAAGACUUCCAGAGGCAUUACCGCACCCACACCGGUGAGAGGCCCUUUCAGUGCAAAGACUGCGGGAAGACAUUCAACAGGUCUGAUAAACUCAAGAUACACUCAAGAUGGCAUGCGGGAAGUAAGCCUUUCAAGUGUCAUCAAUGUAAGUCAUUGUGA